AUGGAACUUUAUAAAUUGAUUAGUUUGAUACUCUUAAUCCAUGAAUCUAUGGCACAGCAUAGACGAUUUUAUGGCAAACGACACAAUCAGAAUAAUCGAAAUCAUUUCGGUCAUUCACAUCGAAAUCAUCCACAAUUUCAACAUUUUAAUCGUAAUCAGCAUCAAGAGCCACUACAUGAACCGAUUAUUUUAGCAAGUUCUUGUCCUCAAAUUGAUUUUGUGCGAGCACUAGAUAAUCGAUGGUAUGGAAGUUUUAAUUAUAAUCCAAUUCGUGAUCAGAAAGGAAUUAAAAUUGAGAUUGAAUUUAAUGAUGCUGUAGUUGGAUUUGUGAAUGAUUUUAGUCAUUCAGCAUCUCGAGAUAAUCGAAUUUUCGUUAUAACUGAUGACUCAAAAAUGCUAAAACGAAGAGAAGUACUCAAAUUCAAUUUCUUUGUGAAUUUUAAUGAACUAUCUGCUCUACCUGUUAUACUUAAAGUUAAGGUCAAUGAUAUUCAAUUAUGUCCUGAUGAGAUUGUCAGCAAUGAAUGUGCUGAUUUGGAAAUUUUGAACAAUGAAAAUGACAGUUGGGAAGGAAUCUUGACUAUUUAUGGACAUCAAUUUAAUAUUGGAAGGAAAAUUGAUUUUCUCUUCGACAAGGACUUGCUUGCCUUUAUUAAUGAUGUUGGCGAUUCCAUUACAAAUAAUCAAAAAAUCUUUUCAAUAAUAAACGAGAAAGAAAGCAGACAGAAUUCAAACUUAGUCAUCAACUUUCAGGUGAAGUUUGAUGAUUUUGAGAAAGUUCCGAAGCUUCAACAAAUUUAUGUCGACAAUAUUCAAAUUUGUUUGACUAAAAAUGACGACAUCAACAGAUCUAAUCUAUAUUCGACAGUUAAAACGACCAGAAAGCCCAGAAGUGAAUUAAGGCUUGAAAACCUUCCAUUUCACUUGUUUCCGAAUGCUACCAAAAUUGCAAAAGAAGUGUUUAAUGAAAACUACGAAUGCGGUCUGUCAAUAAAUUCCCUAUCUUUUCGAGUCAAUGGCGGAGAAAUAGCUCAUGAUGGUCAAUUUCCAUUCCAUGCAGCAAUAUUUUACAAUUCUUUAUACAGAUGUGCAGGAUCUUUGAUCACAGAAAAAGCAUCAAUAACGGCAGGCCACUGUGUGGUCAAUUCUGAGAAAAAUCCAUUGCCAAUUAAAGAUUUUCAUCUGCUUUUUGGAUCAGUUGAUUUAGACAGCUUGAAAGGACAUGAACGAUUAAGAAAAGUAUCUAAAAUCAUUAAGCAUCCAAGUUAUCAUCAUGAUAAAGUGAUAAAACAGGAUAUAGCAUUAAUAAUUGUUGAUGGUAGUCUUCAAUUCUCUGGAUAUAUACGACCAAUAUGCUUAAACAAUAAUCUAUCUCCAAUAAAAGACAAAAUCAGCACGGAUAUGACUGUUCUAGGUUUUGGAUCGACUGUAGAAAGUCUUGAGCCUAGCAGAUAUCUACACUAUGGCAAAAUGACGAUAAUUUCUCGAGAUGAAUGUACAGACAACAUUUUCUUCGCAUUACUACCCGAGGACUCAACAUUCUGUGCUAAAAGUAAUGAAAAAGGACUUGUAUGUCCAGGAGAUUCAGGUGGCGGAAUAGUUGAGACUAUAAAUAAUAAGUACUAUCUUAGAGGAAUCGCAAGCAUCACAGUUACAGGCUCUGAUGGAAAAUGUUCUUUGAAGAAUCCUGUUAGCUUUACAGACAUAAGUGCCUUUAUAGGAUGGAUUAAGGAAAAUUUGAAUAAAUAA